UACGGGAAUGGCCGUUCGGACAGAUGAAAAAAAGUUGAGCAUUUAUUCCAAAACUAGUGCGUGAGGACUAGGAAAAGAUAAAGAUUGAGAAGAUGUAGUGGAUAAGCGUUUUUGAAACCCCAUCUACAAUAACCAGAAACCCCAUCUGCAAUUACCAGGAACCCCAUUUGCAAUAACCAGGAAGGAGGAAAGCAGAUCUGAAGCAGCGCUUCCAUCGUCAUCAUGGCAGCUGGAAUUGUGGCCGCGCGUACAAAUGCCAUUUUCACCAAGCUAGACAAAAUGAGGUUUGAUGAGGACUCUCUGGCGAUGUGUUUCAGAAAGGAAUUUGAAUGGCUGGAGAAGAAACUUGCCCGAAUUAGUGGUCAUCUGUAUGGUGCUGAAGAUGAAGACAGCAAGCAGAGCGACGAUGUGAAAGAAUGGCUGCAGGAAGUCGGAGAUAUUUGCCAUGACACAGAGGACAUAAUGGAUCUGUGUGCUCUUGUGCCUACGACUCAGUCGUGUCUGGGUAGCGACAGGUUCGUGCGCCGCUUUGCAAUGGGGAAGAGGGUCAAGGACUUGAAACAGAGAGUGAUGUCUGCGAUCCAGAAAGGUAGUCAGCUGAGCGAUUCAUGGAGUACUAGGGGAAGGGAUUAUUCAAGCAAAAGAAGAUCGGAAAUCUGGGAAAGCAAUUUGCCGUCAGUGGGCAUAAAAGAUAAAGUGGAAGACAUUCUGAGUCUGUUAGAGGAUCCUUCUGUUACAGUCCUUGCCCUUACGGGCAUGGGCGGCAUAGGAAAAACCUUUCUGAUGCGGCAUGUGUAUGACAGGGCUUAUGAAAGGUAUGAGAAGUGUGCUUGGAUUACUCUUAACCAGUUUUAUUCUAUGAAACGUUUGCAAUGCCACCUUGGAUCGCAAAUAGGGUUAGCGAUAGACGAGGGUAUCAGUGAAGUUAGAGGCUCCGAGGUCAUUCAUGGCUAUUUAGAUGGAAAAUGUUGUUUAAUAGUUCUGGAUGAUAUGUGGACCACAAAUUCGGAGAACAGCGUGAUAAAUAACCUGAUUUCAAGAUUCGGCCUUCCUGGGGGCCGGCAUAGCACAUGCAAAAUUGUAGUAACGACUAGAAGUAGGAUUCUUUUUCCAACUAUGAAUGUGCAUAAAUAUGAAAUGGAACUCCUAUCAGCUGAAGAUAGUUGGAAGCUGUUCUGCAUUCAUGCUUUUCCCAAGUCCGAGGGAAACAGACCACCGAAGUACCUGGAGAGUGUGGCACGUUCAGUCGAAAGGGAAUGUGGUAGGUUGCCACUUGCAGUAAAAAUGGUUGCUUCGUCUAUGGCAAACUACAGUCUAGAAGAAGAGUGGGAGUCAAAAUUGAAAGAAUUGCUGAUUUCAAAGGAGCCCAUCUUGCAGAUUCUUAAGCCUAGUUAUGAUUCCCUGCCUCAACACCUGAAAAUCUGCUUUGCCUACUUUUGUUUCUUUCCCAAGGACUAUAUUAUUCCCUGCGAAUAUCUCAUACAUUUGUGGUUAGCAGAGGGACUUCUUACUCCAAGUUAUCCCGGAGAAGAUGAGAUGGACGUUGGGGUGAGUUACCUGCUUCAGCUUGCAAAUCUAUCUUUAGUUGAUGUAACAGGGCAGUCUUUAGAUGCAUCACUCUCUUGCUCUGUCCACGAACUAAUGAUGGAUUUGGCCAUUUAUAUUUCUAUGGAAAAUAGAUGUGAAUUUACUCCUCCCUCUCUCCUGAAAAGCUGCCGUAGGAUAUUAUUGGCUCAACAAGGUAUGGAUACUGAUGCUAUUUCACAGAGCAGUCUUCGUAAUCAGAAAUUUCUCCGCACUCUUUCACUGUCGGAAAAUUCCAAAAUUCGAAAUAUUCCAGAGAAUUUGUUUGAUCGUCUCAGAGUGCUGCGGGUUCUUGACUUUGGGUAUACUCAAAUUUCCACAUUACCUAAAUCUGUUGGCAACAUGCAACUUCUCAAGAUUCUGAAUUUAUCUGGGACAAAAAUUAAUGAGGUGCCAGAAUGUGUGAGAAGGCUUAAGUAUCUUCAGUUUCUUGAUCUUACAUUGUGUGCAAACCUACAAAGGCUACCGGACUGGAUAGGAGAACUUAAAUGUCUUUCCUAUCUCAGCGUAAUAUUAUGCUCGGAAACCUUGGAUUGUAUGCCUAAGGGAAUACUGAAGCUUCUCAAUCUGAAGACACUAAGAUCGGCAUGGUUGAAGCUUGAUUUUGAAGAGAAUGAGUGGUUAAAUCUAAAAGAUGUGAGCAACAUGAUCAGCCUUCAGGAGCUAAGGAUUUCUAUAAAUGACAAACUGUGUUUCAACAGAGUUGAAGACGGCAUCCUUGCACGCCUGGUGAAAAUGCGGCAUUUUGGAUUAUGGAAUAACGUUCCUCAAAAGGAACUUGAUAAAGAAUUGAUCUUUCCACCUUUCCCAGCAACAAUGAAAAGUUUUAAAGAUCUUGAAACACUUCAUCUAUGCCGAUUCUCUGUGCCGAGUUGGCUAUGCCUUUCCGGAAAUUUGAGAGAGCUUGUUUUGACUUACUGUAGUAGUGAUUAUCCAGCACUACAAACAAUCCCCAAUUUAGAAGUAUUAUCUCUAAUUGGUAAUCAGACAUGCACAAAAUUACCAAAGCAUUUUGGAGAGUCAAGGGGAUUUUCUAGGCUGGUUCAACUGUCAGUUCAAGGCUUCCCCCUCUUGGAGGAGUUCCCAGCAUUGGAGGAUAGAGCAAUGCAACGCCUCAAGAUACUAAAGAUAUGGGAUUGCCCGAGAGUGAAGAAAGUUCCAGAUGGCUUGGAGAAGCUGAAAACUCUAAAGACGAUAGAGUGCAGUGGCAGUUAUGGAGGUGUGAAUGAGUUAAUGGAAAGGUUACAGGAAGGUGGGGAGGACUGGAAUAGUAUUAAAGCUUAUAAUCCUCGUGUGACUAUUAGCCUUCUUAACAGGUUAAAAAAUGGAUCAACUGUAGCGAUGCUGCUAUAAAUUUGGAAUGGGAUGAUGGUUUUGAAAGGUACCUUCCUUUAUUUGGCUGUGAGAUAGACAACUGUGGCUGUUAGUUUAAUGGUUGAGAAACAAUUGACAGCUUUGUAAUUAUCAUGGGCUAGUAAUUGUGAGUUUUAGCGACAGAAUUUGUCAAACUAUUUACUUUAUAUGUAUUUGUGUGAAAGCUAUUUUGCAUAGUGAUAACCCCCCUUAAAUUUCUGUAACUACUUUGGAGAAAAACAUCUCAGUGCUUGAUGUGUUCACAUCAAGUGAACAUGUAUGUGGUACCAAUUUGUGGAUUUACUUUUUAAUGAAUGUCAAGAACAAGUAAUACUGCUUGAUGGUUAAGAUAAAA